AUGGUUGCAACACCAAAAGUUAAGAAGCAUACUGUACCAAAACGGAGCAAAAAAUGGGAGAGCGGAAAGACGAAAAAGAAGAAGAAGAAGCAAACUGUAAAAUAUCAUAUUGAGUGUAAAAAUCCUGUUGAAGAUGGUAUUAUGAAUGUUAACGACUUUGGGACAUUUCUAAAUGAACGUAUCAAAGUGAACGGAAAAGUUGGUACGAUGGCAGCUAAUGGCGUGAGAUUGGAAGUUGCCAAAACGAAGCUUACCCUUACGUCAGAAGUUCCAUUUUCAAAGAGAUAUCUGAAGUAUCUUACCAAGAAAUAUUUGAAACGCAAUUCACUUCGUGACUGGUUGAGAGUGGUAGCAUCUUCGAAGGAUACAUAUGAAUUAAGAUAUUUCCAGAUCAAUCAGGAUGAUGAAGACGCUAGUGACAACGAAUCUUAA